AACACACACAUGCACGCACGCACGCACUAACAUAGAGCCAACAGGUGGCAAGCCUUGCUCAGCACAGCAGGCCCACCUCAAAGGUUAAACAUACAACGGACCGCCCACUCUUUCGCUGCUACUCUGCCUAGAGAGAGGUGAGAAAAUGAGUGACUCAGGACAAGAUAAAAAGAGUGAUAGGGGAAAAAAAUGGAGACAAACAUCGCCACACGCAUGUGGGAACGUGCAACGCGCCGUCCCCUAGGUGCGCGUACACGGCAUCCACGCCCGCAGUCUUUCACAGUUUGUUCCAGCUCGCCAAUUAUGCACACAGCUCACACUUCAAAGCGAGUCAUGUAUGAGUUAAUACCUACAAGGUUGUGUUACCCUUUUAAUAACUGUGACCGGCAGCAGAUGUGAUCCAAGAUCAGUGCCGCCCGCUCCGGCCAUUGCGGCACUCUUUUAGCAUUUCGCGACAAACCGCGGGAAAAGUUCACCGCGCCGCUGUGCUAAUGGGAUAAAGAUCCUGAUGAGAGGUCACUCACUAAAUAGAGCAGCCAGUUGAUGUCAGCAGAGCGAAAAAGUUUAGAAUACCAUCUGAGAAAAAAACAUCGAAAAAUGUAUUUUAAAAAAGUGUCUAUGAAUGGAUGUUAUCUAUACAUACAUACACUCCCCUACAAAAGUAUUGAAACAGUGAAGCCAAAGGAGAGCAAUGGACUGUCGGUCACCUGAUUUAAACCCUAUAGAGCAUGUAUUUUUCCUUCUUUACGAGCCAAGAACACAAGGUCUCCGGUAACAGAAGCGCCUCUCGUACUACAGCAAACGAGCCACUAUGGCAAAAUAUACAUUUAGGACCUAAAAACACAAGUACGGACAGUCAUUGAGCAAUGAAAGCAUACUAGUACAUUACAUUACAUUUAGAGAGGAGUGAAUUUGUAUUCGACAAAAUGUUCUCAAGCAACUUUUGGUCGGGUUAACAAUUUGUUGUUUUGUAAAUUUGUAAAAAAAAAAAUUUAACUGAAUGGGCAAAUCUCUUUCUUAAUGAUCUAAAUGACAGUUUCAGUGUCAAUUCGCGAUUAUUCAACAAUCAAUUCCACACAAUUCAUAGCAAUCAACUAUUCUCUUACACAAAUGCUUGUGUGAGUGUGGUGCAGUUGAUCAGCAUGGGAUUGUUAAUUCCCGUUGUACAGGCGGAACUAAUUUAUUGCAUAUUUGUGUCCUCACAUCAUAUAAAAUAGAUACACAUGCGUGAAAAGCAUGGGUGAAGCAGACAAGGCUGUGGUGGCUACACACGAGGGUUUUCGAUGACAACGGAAUUAAAAGGAACGUAUGUGAAUACACAAGCAUUCACCAGUAAUUUGGAAAACUGAAGGUAGGGAACUUAAAUAUAGUUGUGAAAAAUAUAUUUUUAAAUAAUCCUGAGUAAAACAACUACAUUUCAUGCCAGCACAAGGUUUAUCAGGAAGGUUUCCAGGACUGGUUUCGCAAAAGAUAUAUUUCAACCCCAAAUCACAAGAAUAACGCAUGGCUGCUUCACCGUGUCAACGUGCCUGCUCACAAUACCCUGAGCAUCUGACAGUUCCUGGCCAAGAAGAAAAUUGCAGUUUUGAAGUAACCUCCCUAAUCACCCGACCUGGCUCGUCGUAAUUUCUUUCUUCUUCCCCAAGCUCAAGGGGGUAAUUAAGGGGACCUGUUUUGAAAACAAGGACGACAUCAAGAUGGCCGUGAUGACGGAGCUGCGCAGGAUCGUGGAAGAAUCCUUCCAGGAGUGCAUGAAGGUGUGGCAGAGAAGGCCUGGGGAAGUGUGAUGACCUCCAAGGGGAUUACUGCAGGGCCGAUUCAACCACGAUGACGCAGCCCAUGAGGGGGGACCAGGUCCACCAGCCGACCCCGGCCCGCAAGUCAGCCAGCUUGUCCUCGCCAAGUGCGGCUCGCCGCCUGUACCGCAACUUGUCUGGAAAGUUCCGUGUGAGCACCAACCCCUCUGCCUUGGAGGACAGUGUGUUGUCGGGACGGGGAGGAGACAAGGAGAGGCUGCGCAAAACCACCAUUUUCCAAAGCAAUGAAGCGCUGUUUGAAGCAGUGGAGCACCAGGAGUUGGACUUGGUGCAGCUGCUGCUCUCCCAGUACAGCUUAGAGGAGCUGGACCUCAACACCCCAAACAGCGAAGGCCUCCUGCCCCUCGACAUCGCCAUCAUGACCAACAACGUGCCCAUGGCCAAGCUGUUGCUCCGCGCCGGUGCCAAAGAAAGCCCCCACUUUUUCAGCUUGGAGGGCAGAGCGGUCCAUCUGGCCACCUUGGUGCAGGAGGCCGAGCAGCGCGUAUCGGAGCUUCAGACCCAAGUCGGCAGCGAGGGUCCCGGAGAGCGGGAGGGAUCGGACCGGGAGAGGCAGCUCAAGGCCUGGGAGUGGCGGCUGCGGCUCUUCAGACGCAUGCAGACGGGCUUCGAACACGCAAACCCUCCAGACGUCCCUAGCGCAGCGCGCUUGUCUGUCAGCAGCAGCACCAGUCUGACAGUUGAUUUCCAGGAACCUCAAUCCGUCAACUCAGCUGUGGUUACCAAAUACAAAGUGAGCUGGAGCGCCACGCUGUCCUUCAGCUCUGUGCUGGGAGAGGUGGUGGUGGAGGACACGACUGUUCUGCAGUACAACAUCACUGGACUCACCUCUGGGACCCCCUACUACGUCCAGGUGUCAGCAUACAACAUGAAGGGUUGGGGGCCAGCACUCGCUUCGACCCCCGCCUAUGCCGCUCCUUCCAAUUGGAGGGAUGUCGACGACCGUGCUCCCCGCCAAGGAGGCCAGGAGGAGGUUCUAGACCAGCUGCUUGCCCAAAUAAAAGAUGCCCAUCAGAGCUGUGUCUGCCACGAACAGUGCAAAGCGCCAGCACAGGGCAGAAAACAUUCUGUCUCCAAAAGCCUGCGUCACCUCUUUCAACCCAACAGCAAAUUUGUCAAAAGCUUGAAAAGAGGACUUUAUUUGACAUCCAUCUUCUACAGAGAUGACAGUAUCCUGGUGACUCCCGAGGACCAGAUUCCCAUCGUGGAGGUUGAGGAUUCCUACCCCAGCUCCCUGAUGCAGGACUUCCUCUGGUUUACAAAGGUAUCCUACUUGUGGGAGGAGAUUCCCUGGCUACAGCAGUGUCUCAAUCCCACACAGUCGGCUUGUUCCUGCACCCUGCAAACACGCCUCAAGAUGCUCCAAGCUGUCUCUCAUCUCCAGGGCAUGCUGGGAACACAAGACCUGGGUCAAGUGUAUUUCGAGCCAAUCAAAGACAAGCACGGUAACGCCCUUCUGGUGCUCCUGAAGGACAUGAAUGCUUCUCAGAACCUGGACGGUGUGCGUUGGAUGCAGCUUUGCAAAUUGCAGCUACAACGCAAGUCCAUUUCCUCCCCCGAGGAGCCCACUGCUCUGGACAUGCUCCUCAUCACGCUGCACGAGAAGCUUGCUUAUCACCGGCGGAGCAGGAAGCUCUUGUCUCCUGGCUUGUACCUGGGAUAUUUGAAGCUGUGCACCUCCGUGGAGCAGAUCAGAGCGCUGGUACCCCAGAAGCUCCCCAACGUCCUCUGUCACACCAAGAUACGAGACAACAGUAACGUCUCCAGAGAGGAGUGGCAAUGGCUGCAGGCCCUCAGCUCCCUGGAGGAGACGAUGGAGACGGAGGCCAGCGCGCAGAGCGGCCCACGUCCCCUCCUGCACGACCUGCGUAGCGCCAUCAAGGAUCUAAUCGCCCACAUUAAUGUCCCCGGCAACCAGGCACAGGACUUCCGGAUCUAUACUCAGGAAGUGUUGGAGUUUGGAGACAAGGUGUCCUUCCUUCUUCUCCUGCCUCCGAGCGAUGAAGUGUGCACAGCUCCCGGUCAGAAUAAUCCCUACUCGCCCCGCUCGGGCUUCCUCACGCUGCCCCUGCAGAUCUUUGAACUGGUCCACUUUAACGCCUAUUGCCCCGGUUUCAUCGGCCAGUACUGCCGGGUGUCCGCCUUGCUAGAGCUGGAGUCGCUCAUGUCCCAGCAAGCCCUGAGGGAGGCUUUCUCUGAAGAAGAGCUCGCCGCUGCCAAGAAGAAGCACCAGCAGCUCCAAGAACACAUUCAGCAAAUGGAGGAGGUGUGGCGUGACGCCAGGUGGAUCAUGGAGGCCUUGCAGUACGCCCGCUACAAACAGCCGACGGGAGGCAUAUCCAUCGGCGGCUUGAUCGACUUCUCCAAGGAUGUGAUGCCUGACAAGCCCACCUCCACCUCCUCCCAGCCCGACUUCAUGCCCUCCCCCUUGCCUUCACCAGAACCUUGCCGCAAGCACUCAGACUUUGCAGGCCUGUCGGACGAGGAAGGCUCCUCCGAGGUCUUCCUCACCACCGACAGCGACUACGACUCCAGCCGAGCCCAGAGCCCCCGCGAGCUGGACCUGCUGCCCCCGUCCCCGCUCUCUACUUCCGCGCCCCUGGAGCCCCGCGGCUUCCUUCGCAGCGACGGCAGCGGCUCAGGAGUCGGGAUCGGCAGAGGCGGACAAGGGGGAGGAAGCGGCGCCCUGAGGGACUCCACGCCCGACGUCCUGCAGGCUUCGGAGCAGCAGCGAGGCCGGGAACUCGGGCGGUGCGGAGGGGGUGUCUGCUGUGGGGCCGAGCGACGGCGGGGGCCUCCUGAGCUUUUUGACAGCGACUUCAUCCUGCCAAGCCGGCAGAUUGAGCUGUUACACAUCACCGAGAAGCGACAGGCUUUCUGCGUGCGCACCAGUAGCCUGGAGUUCCCUUCGGCCAUGUCCGCCAACCACCAGUCGUACUCGCGUCAUGCUUCUUCACCGGCCACUUCGCCGCAGCAACGUUGGCACAGACCCUCGUCAGUGGACCGCUGUUGCUCGGCCGAACAUGGCCCGCAACAACGCCCGCCUGCUCGGACGCUUUCGGAGGACAGUGGCACCCAGCAGCUCUCGUCCCCGCGGCCGGCCGCCCACAGGAAAGGCUGCCACGCCACGCUCCGAGUGUACCCACAGUACCGCACCGGCCUCCCCAAGGAGACCAGUGUCAAGCUUUGCGUGACUCCUUGCACGUCAGCGGGCGAGAUGGUCCAGCUGGUGGUACAAGAAAUGAACCUGGUGUCUCAGCAAAUGCUCGGCGGCGGCGAUCAGGAUCAAGACGCCUUCUACGGCCCCGAACAGUUGAAGCACUUUGGCCUCGUGCUGGUGGUGGACGAGCGGGAAAAGUGGCUGCAGGACGACUUCUGUCCGCUGGAGCUGCAAAACCCCUGGCUGAGGGGUAAGUUGUGCGUGCGCAUUAAGGCCUACUCGCCCCUCGCUCUCAAACACGGCCGAGCCACCACAGUGUGACGCUUUUAAUUCAAAGACUGUGGUGUUAUUCAAAAUGACUUCCUCUGGAGGAAAAAUGUGUGGCUUCUUAUAGGAAAAUCCUUGAUUCUGAGCUUUGAAAGUGAUACAGGCUUCCAUCGAAAACGUAUCCUGUAGCCUUGUGUCCACCAACCAUCCAGUGUAUAGUCGACACGCUGUAGCUCCAACGUUGGAUCUUAUAAAAAAAAAAUAAUAUAUAUAUAUCACUCAAACCAGCAGAUGUGCAGUUUAUAAACAAGCAAUACUUUUUAUUUUCAAUGAUGAACAAAACAUCUUCCAAGAAUUGUGCAGAGUGCAUCUUUUCAAUUACCCUUGUUAUGCCGUGCUAAAAACUUGACCAGUUCAGUGUUCUGCUGUUUUGAUAUUACCCACAGUGCACCAGGAAGCGGUGCCCAUCCUUCCUCAUGAGGAAUGAAAGGUGCUUUUCUUUUCAGAGGGGCAACAAUAACUUUAAAAAAGGAAACAAAAAUGUGAACCAUUUCUGGGACAAACCACGAAAAAGCUCCUGACAUUGUCCACAUUCCGUUCAAAUAACUGUUUACACCUCUCACUUGGAUUUAAUUUUUCCGGACAUAUUUUCAUCAAAAAGAGGCUUUUUUUGUGCUUGGCGGUAUCACAAACUAAUUGUAGCAGGAGGUGCAGGUUACUAUGACAACCUCUGCUGUUCACGUGAGGAAAGUGUUUACAAAUUUUACUAAAAGAACAAAAAGUGUGGUUACGUGCUUCUACUGUAUGUUGAAAAAAUAGUUUAAAGUUGUGUUUUAGGUUUUAAGAAUGGCUUAUUUUCCUGUGUGAGCGCUUAGCUUCUUUUAUGUUGUUUAAAGUGUUAUUGUUGUUUCUUACAAGGGCCGAUUGCAAAAAAAAAAAAAAAAAAAAAGAUGGGGGGGGGGAACUCAUGUGGACAACUGUGUAAAUAGAGAGAUGUAUUGAAUGUACGUUAAAGACAUAAGAUGGUUCGGAGCCGAGGGGCAUCUCAUAAACGUGUUUGCUAGCCUCGUGUUUACAAAGAGCUGUUUGGUGGAUCCAUCAAGCAAAAGUCAUGAAGGAGACAUCACGUCACUUUUUUUUUUUUUUGUAAAAUCUAUUUUUAUUGAACAAUAAAUGAAUAUGACAAAAAUAAAAACUCCCACUCGCUUUCUUUCUU